AUGAAGAACCUCAACUUUUUAAACUCAAAAGAAUCUUCAAUUAGCUUCAUAGUAACAUUCUUCAAAAUUUUCGGCCUUGCGCCCUUUGAAGUAGUGUUUUCCAAAUCUGUGCCACAAAUUUUUCUGCGCUCUUCAACCCAAAACAGAAUUUACACUUUUCUGCUAUCAAUUCCCUGCGUAGCUUUGUUAGUAAGAAUAGUGAUGAACUUCAGCACAAUUACACCAAAAUUAGUGCUCAGAAAGUUGGUAACAAUCAACUUAUCAUGGAUUUCGACUGUUAUUUUGUGGUACUACUGCUUCAACCACCAGAAGAUCAUCAGAAUCCUAAACGACCUUCUGGAUCUUGAGCAGGAUUUAGUUAACCAAUUCAACAGAUCAGUUUCUCGUCGCGAGAGCAGAAACUACGAAAUCGCAUCAUUUAUUUCAGAAGUAGUCUUGAUGAUUCUCCAAGUGAUACCUUUUAUUUUCGAAGCUGUGGCUUCUGAUGACUGGUGGGCGGUUGUAAUGGUCACCUCUGGGUUCAUCAUCAACAUUUUCAUGCUGCAGCACACCAUUCUGGUGCACUUUAUCAACAAAAGGCUCAAUUUUACCAACGAAUUGCUUUUAUCAUUGAUCAAAAAUGAUAAUUGCAGCGAUUUGAUCUUUGUCAAGAGUGCUACGCACAAUGAACUCAUCCUCAGGACUAUUAUUUUGCUAAAACAGCACCAGAGGAAGCUUCUUGUCAUCUUCAAAGACUUAUCCGACUUUUUUGAAUGGCCUAUUUUGCUGACAAUAAUUAUUUUCUGCAUCAGGCUCAUUCUUUACUCUUAUAAGUUUGCUAAGAGAGUCAUUUUCUUCAGCCACAAAAUUCCUCUGAUAUCUUUUAUCUGCGAACCUGCGACUAUGGUCAAGGAAAUAUUCAUCAUCGUCAUUUUUACAAAUCAGAUGACUCAGAUCACUAGUGAGACAAAGAAAACUGGAGAGGUUAUUUUCGAGGUUAUGGAUGCUUACUCAACCCACGGAGGAAUACAAUCUCAGUUGAAACAAUUUUCAAUUGAAGUUUUGCACAGAAAAAUACCGGACUCCAUUUUUGGACUUUUUAAAAUCAAUGGUGGUCUUGUUACAGCCAUCACCGCUUCAGUGAUCACAUAUUUAGUGAUCCUCAUUCAGUUCAAUUAUAAUUUGGACAUAGUUGACGCUUAA